GAACCAAGCCACAUUCGCCAUGGUUGUAACCUACAACCAGUUCCAACAGAAUGAUCAAUCGCGGCCAUAGUCUAGCUUGCAAAUCUAAUUCUUCCAACUCUUAUAAUAGCUUACUAUUAUUACUAUAACCAUGCAAAUGAAUGGUAACAACAAUCACCUAAACGAAGCAGCCUUUCAGGAAGCUCUCCUGUCCGAAGUUUCCCAGCUAGCCACCUUGCAAGGUCAUGACAGGUCCAUGGUCAUGACACCACAUGAGCAUGGAAACGCCACGGCCAUUAAACAGAGGGUGGAAUCUUGUUCAGAACUGGACAAUCUCAACGAUUUUCAAUAUGCUCAUUACGCGUUGGUGGAUGACGCCAAUACAGACGCCGCUGUUGAAAAGAUUCGCAAUCUCCAGGAAUUUCGCAGACGAUAUCAUCUCAACGAUACGGUUGAACAGGGGAUGCAAUAUUUGCAAGCCUUCAUGACACAACAACCCGGAUUCGUCCUUCAUUUGGAUUGCAGUGCUGGCACAUACGAAACCAUUCGCGUCUUGGACGUGAGCAAACUCAAUCCCUCCGCGGCACUAGUGGUCGGUACAGGUGGCGAUUUGGAUUACAACUGGAGACAACUGGUCUGUGGCUUGUAUUAUAUGCACACUGCAUGUUCUCCAUAUUUAGCGAGUAUCCGACAGGGUGUCUUUGAAAUUGCCGAUCUUGAUGGCGUGGGCGCACAUCAUUUGAAUAUGGAAUUCGAGUACCGACGUCACGGAGAAUUGGUUGGAUGUUAUCCCAUCAAGUUCAAAAACAUCAUGGCCUACAAUACUGGUUAUUUUGCCAAUGUGGGUUGGAAUUUGAUGAAACAUCUCAUGAAUGACAAUGUUCGAAGCAGCAUUCAACUGGGGUGUCAAAUUAUGGAUGGAGCGGCCGGGGGCAAUCGAAAACUCUCAGAUUUCUACCUCCAACCGUCUUUGGAAGAGGCGCAACGGGCCGUCCUGGAUCGAGCCAGAAUUCUUCUCACCAUACGAUAUCACAAUGAACAGACGUUUCAAUUGUGAUAGUAGAGGGAUAACAUGCUUACUAGUAGAAGAUAGAAUUAGCUUGC